AUGUGUAUUGAUGUUGCUUUUGUCGACAUGAUUCAAUGUCUCUGGACUCCUUGUUUCCAGUCCCAGAUAAUAGUCUAUGAAGCUACUACCUCCAAUGCAUAUUUUUAUGUACCAAAUCUGAUGAAUAAUCUUCCCUUUAUGGGUGGCAAUGCCGUUGCUCAACGGAAUAACUCUCUCGUUCUUUAUGGAGGAGAGGAUGCUCUGUCUAACUACAAAUCCGAUUUGUAUAUGUUGACACAAAUGCCGACUACAUAUACCUGGCACCAAAUACAUCAAAACAACAGUGUACCUGGCAAUUCUUAUGGCCAGGCUGUAAUGUCUAAUGAUGCUGAGAUUAUGUUCCUGAUCGGUGGUGUUACAAAAAAUACAAAAAAUCUUUUUCUCCCUAUGCAAAUCUACAAAUUUCUUUUCAGCACUGGGAAUUGGGAUCCAUGGGAGGGAAAUACAAACCUCAACACAACGUUGCCAGUACCACCAAACCGUCAGCGCUUUAGUGCCAUCGCAGGCCCAAAUAACAAAGUAUAUAUCUGUGGUGGAGCUUUAAACGAGAGUGCUAUUUUUGGGGAUUUUUGGGAGUUAGAUACUACCACUAUGAAGUUCACUGAGCUAGCCAGACUUAAUGCCCCCAUAUACGCACAUACAGCCUCUCUACUCAGUAAUGGAAAGCUAGUCAUCCUUGGUGGCAUCAUUCAAACAUCUCCAACCACUACUAAGCUGUCUCCAAUGGACAAUAUUCAUGUUUAUGACAUACAUACAAACACUUGGAAAAUACAGCCCACAAACAAGGACUCGAAUGGAAUGUACACUUCGCCACGUACCAUGCACAAUGCUGUUGUUACCUCAGAUGACAAGAUUGUUAUAUUUGGUGGUGAUAACGGUGGCAACCAAAGAACUAAGGCCUAUAUUAACUCAGUUUCUAUACUGGACACCAACACAUGGACGUGGAGCAGCCCUCCCCCGCACGGAAUACUUCCCUCCCGUCGCUCCUAUGCUGCCGCUGGUAUACUAGACGGGAAACACUUGACAGUUUCAUUUGGAUCUGCGCUAAAUUCCUAUUACAACGACAUCAAUGUAAUGGAUCUUAAUAGCCUGGAAUGGGUCAACGACUUCUCGUCUAUUACAAAGGACUCCACCUCAGAGAUGUCCAAAGGGCUUAUUGCUGGGGUCACUAUUGCUGCUAUUAUAUUGGUAGUAAUUAUAAUUUUCUUGUUCUGGCGCUUUUGGUCUUAUGUAAACUGGCUGGGUAAAAAGAUACACGGUGACAUUUGGAAACCUCGUAAUGGUGAGCCCGCCUGGGCUGAAACAACGCGUAUUAUUUUCCAAAUUAUCCUACUAUUCAUUUUUACCAUGUUCUUGGUUUUUGUAAUCAAGCAAGCAGUCGACAGUCCAAAUGUAACUCAAAGAAUUCAAAAUUCAGCAAGCAACGUGCAGGUUCCAGAUGUUCGCUUUUGCUUUGAUGGAUUUCCCGUUUACCCUCCCACAGACAUUAGAUCUACCGGUGUUUUGUGUCAGACAAACACGGGCGUUUCGUGCACUAAAUAUAUUCAGCAACUAAAUACAUCUAUAUUCGAACCAGUAUUUGCAGAUUAUCUUGGUGCUGUCAGUUGUUUUCUCUUCAGAGCUCCUUAUGAUUUCCAGCUGGUACAAACUUCGGGAGCCAACAAUGGUUCUUUUCUAACUUUCACCUUCUUCGGUGACCAAAAUGCUACUGGUCGUAUUCACAUUUCUGCUUACCCGAAAGAGAUGGAUCCCAAUGUUAACGUCUACAAUAUUCCAAGCGACAACAUCCCUUCGUAUCUCUCUGUAUCGGAUAUGUCCAAUUGGCAAACCAAUGAGCGCAAUGAUAUUCAGUCGAAAAAUGUGUUUACUGUCGAGCCAUUCUCUUAUAGCACCCUUGGAUAUGAUCUGAUUGAUCACCGCUACCUCCAAAACGUUGGCUGGAACUAUGUUGGCUUCUUGCCCUUAUCAAAUUCAACCCCCGAAAUCACCACCAGUUUUCGACAAGAAGCAAGCAAUCCAAACUAUGUAACAUCUGGGCACCCAGACCUUGGACUUAUUACCAUUGUUCCAAACACUUGGGCUAGUCUUGUUGAUCGAGAGGUUAAGAUGUAUACCCUAUUAAAUGCCCUUGGAUUUGUUGGUGGUAUAUUUGGUCUAUUGAUUACCGUUCAGACGUGGCUGUUUGGUUAUCGUCCAAGAUCUCCUUGGGGAGUUGUUCAACGCUGGUCGAUUGGUGAUAUGAAGCGUUCACUCUUACGUGGGCUUCAUUCUAAAUUUAAAACGACAGACUCUGGAAUCCCUUUAAUUCACCCUGUUCACCAACGCUUCAGUGUUUCUGACUUUGGUACUUUGGAAGACGAAACGGAAUCGCAGCGAGUGGCGCGUGUAGAAGAGCGCAUGCAGGUACUCGAGAUGCUUUUUAAGGCAUAUUAUGUCGACGAUGAGGUUUUUAGAUCUCUUGAGUCAGCAAACAAGGUUACAGAUAAUGAGAAGGUAUCUGGAAGCAACCUUCCUUUGUUCCCCAGCUCAGAAAAUUCUUCGGUUGGCUUGCCAUUCAACUCGGGAAACAACAACUUAAAUACCCCGGGUUUUUCACAUAUGUUUACAAGGCAGCAUAGUGGAAGCUCUAGUACCUAUUCAGUAUCGCAGCAACGUUUGAAUGGUCAACUUUAA